UAAACCUUGUUUAUCGUCGAUAAACCUUGUUUAUCGAGGGAAACUGUGUUUAUCAGUCGAUAUACAGAGUUUCUCACGAUAAACAAGGUUUAUCGCUCGAUAAACCUUGUUUUUCGCUCGAUAAACCUUGUUUUUCGUCGAUAAACCUUGUUUAUCGGCGAUAAACAAUGUUUUUCGGGGUUAUUGGGCAUAUGGCGCGCCAUACACAGCAUGUUAUGUUGUUGCGCCUAUAGCCUAGGCAUAUCGCAUGUGCUCAUACCGGUAUACCGUAGACUGUACUGGCGCGUAUUUUGACUUCAAAAUGGCGAAAUCAAUGUCUUCAAGUUCUGGUAGUACGGGGACCAAAUAUGCGUUAUUUAAUUUUGACGAUUCAUCGGUGGAAGUUGGCGAGGUUAAGUGGAUCAGAAAUGAGAAACUGGAAGCCUCAAACUUCGAUGACGAAGUGUUGGAGGAGCUGAUGAGGAGUGAAGAAAAAGUGAAAGUGGAAUGGCCACAGCAGCGGGGAAGAGGAACGGGGCCGAUGGCGUCGGUGACUACCGACAUGUGCUCGGCUGUACUGUUGGCAGUAAGCGACUCCAAGGAAAAGCUUCUUAGAAAGAGAAAUAAAUUUUGUAGUGGCGACAGCCUGAAGACAGACACCGAUACAGGAAGUGGUAGGGGGAAAAGGAAAAGGAGGCCUCGAAAAGCGUGGACAUCAGAGGAAAGUAUGAGUGAAUCGGAGGAUGAUAUUGGUGUCAUAACAACACAAAAGAAUACAAAGAAGACAAAAACAAAGGACAUUGUGCACUGCAGCAAGCUGGCAACAGAGUUGCGAAAGAAACUUGAGGAUCCCGUGAUCAUAAAGCCAUGCCAAGAAGUAUUUAGACCAUCAUCACCACUAUCAGACCUUGACCUUGACCUUGAGGAAGGUGGUACCAUACAGCAGUUAAGAAGACAACUAGCUCAGGAGCGUAUGGACAAGGAGAAGCUCAAGGAGAAGCUGAAGGAGACGCUCAGUUUUGUAAAAGAGAUCCCAAAGUUAAUGGAGAGGAUGGACAACUUUAUGACUGACAUGGAGCCUCUUCGUGCCAAAAUUAAGAAAUCAAGGCAGCCUCAAUUGCCAACCUCACCACCAUCCUCUCUGCCGGACAGUGAAGGAUUAGCACUGUGCAUGAGUCCCUCAACUUCAGCUGUACGUGAGGCCCCAAUAGAUAAAGUCCAAGUUGGUCCACAUGUAACACUCACGAAGAGGACCCUGCUGAACUGCAACCAUUUAGAUGUGGGGAAGCUAACGUCGGAUCUGAUGGUUGCCGUUUUCGGACGGGAGGGACUCCUCAAUUCCUCUCUGACAGGAGGAAAAAACAAAGAAGGCAAGAGCAAACCCCCUCUGGACCACGAAAAGAUUGCCGACAUUAUUGCCUAUGUUCAACAGAAAUUCCCGGCAUCUCCCCCAUCUUACUUGAGGUCUGUAAUGACCAACAAACUCUCAAAUGAGGCCAAAAGAGAGAGACGCAGGCUUUCAUUCAAAGGAGAUGUUCAGCAGCCCACAUCUGCAAGAGAUGAAAACGAAUGAAGCACAAGACGGAAAGCAGAGAUGCCAACUAGUACGGAUUUUUUUUUUUUUUUUUUUUUUUUUUUUUUUUUUUUUUUGCGCAUAGGGAUCUAUCGUAGCAAGUGCUGUGCAUUAUGGUGGCCAUCCAUGAGAAAGAUGGAAAAGUAUCAAGUAUUCUCUUAAUAGAAGCCAAUUUUUCAUUGAAAACUUAUGUGUUGUGAUGAACUGAAAGUCAAUAUUUAGCAACUUUGUGGGAGUAAAAUCACAAAAAAUUUCAGAUAAUCAUGCGCGCAUGCGUCUGCCUGCCAUUCUUUUUAGAUUCAUGACGCCGCAUAGGAAAUUACUGAUUUAUUCCCCAAAUUACUGAUUUUGAGCCUUAUGAUUACUGAUUUUCUGUUCUGGAGGUUGGCAUCUCUGGGAAAGAGAUGAUAAUUUUUCCCCCAGACCAUUUCACAAGUACAGUAGUUUAAUUUGUGAACAGAAAUCCUCAAAUAUACCUACAGCAAUUUUGAUGUAUUGAAGUUUUGAAUUUUGGGUCGAGAGACAACACAGUUAUAUACUUAAAGGAGAAUGAAACCCAAAAAAUAUUAUCGCAUUAUUUCACUAAUAAGAAUGGUUCUAAAAUUAUGCCAAAUUGUUCCUCAAAUCCCUCAAGACGUUGACGCAAAGUUUUCAUUUUGAGGGUACCACGAAAUCCAAUGGGAGUUGCCAUUGCUCAUCAAUAUCUUCAAUUUGUGACGUAAGAAUUGUACAGCUCGACUUCAGCCUAGUCGCAAUUCAGUAGCUUUACAGAAAUGAAUGUGCAAAUAUCAGUCCUAUGCGAUUUCAACUGUUGAGAGAAAAAUGUGGUAUUUAUUUUCUUUACACCAACAGAACCAUCUAAAAAAUAAUGUAUAUGUUCGUGAAACGAAAACAGACAGCUGCUAAUUUGCGACUAGAUUGAAGUCGAGCUGUACAAUUCUUACGUCACAAAUCGAAGAUAUUCAUGAGCAAUGACGACUCCCGUUGGUUUUCGCAGUACACUCAAAUAUCGGUAAAAUAAGAAAUUUGCGAAAAUGUUUCUAGGGAUUUGAGGAACAGUUUGGCAUAAUUUUAGAACCAUUUUUAUCAGUGAAGUAUGGAUCAACAUCUUACGCCAUAAUAUUUUUGGGGUUUCAUUCUCCUUUAACCUCUCAUGUGUAAACUGAAUUGCUCUACUAGUGCACGCAGCCCUUGCUAGCUCCAUGAUAUAGCUACAUACGCAUGCGGCAUGGCUACUCUGGCCAUACAUCUUAACUAAAUAUUUAAUUGUGUAUUACACGUAUGUAUGUUGGAAAUAUUUUCGGGUGUUAAAAUCGCUAAUCAUUGUUGAUUUACAAAAUCCACAAAAAUAAAACUCAGUUAAAUAUAUGAUGUGUAAUUUAUCAUACAUAUAUGUUAUGUUUUUUGUAAUUCCUGUUUAAUCUUGAGUGAUUGAAUCUAGUGCUGGAUCAAAACAGAUAGCAAUCUGGUAUCCGUCCGUGAAUGUCGAAUACCGGAUUCAUAUUUUUCGGGUACGGGUAUACGAUCUUCUGUUAUGAAACAAAAUAUAGAACAUUCUGAAGUUUUUCCUGAAUUACAAGGCAAAUCUAUUCUUUCCAUUUACGGUCCACAUUUAUACUUUCCCGCUAAUUAUUUUGAGCAAUCAUGUGUUUCUUUAGGUAACAAUCUGAUGUCCAAAAGUUUUCAAAAAUAUUAGAAAGGAAAGGUGCGGCUUCGCCAUUUCAAUGCAUGCCAAGCUAAUUAAAAGGAUUCUUAAAAAAAGAUAAAGGGAAAAUAAAUUUUUAUUUUGUAAUAUGAUUCUUUGCAAUAGUGCACUACUUUACACCAUAGCUGUCGUACUAAACGAAUACUUGGUUUCCGUCAUAAUUGCCGUUCUAUGCACACUCAUACACACGCCUUAUAAACCUGUGCACAACGGAGAGACGGAGAGUACAUUAUUCAGUGCUCUGCCGGCAUACAAGAUAAAUUUGGGAUUAUAUCCGUUAUCGGAUUAUACAAGUUUUCAAAUGAACACAUUGUUAAUAGUUCCAAAAGUUGAACAAGAUGGGCCAUAUUUCCUCUUUUACAAUUGUUAUACCUGCUUGUAAGGGUUUCAGGGUACAUCCUAUAUUUAUUGUUACUCAGGUUUAAAGUCUUUUUGGGAGGGGUGGGUGGCUUUUAGAAUAGAAGUGGUUCAAAUAAAAGGCUUUUAAUUCUGAUCCUUAGGCCAUUUUGUUCAAUUAUUCAAGGAGAUGGUCUUGUUAUUGUGUGUAGGGAGGGAUAUGGGUGUAUAGGUGUGAAAAGGCAUUUUAUAAACACUAUAUGUCCAUAUUGAUCCAGUUAUUUGCAAGAUGUUCAUUACCAUUUGUUAGUUUGUUAUGUUUGUCUCAUUAAGUCAGUGUUAAUUACAAUUUUUUCCCCUCUCAAACAGUACAUUUCAAUUUCAAAUGAAGAAAUAUAGUUAUAGGUUUUUUGUAUCAAACAAUUGCUGGAAUUAUAGAGUUAAAAUAGAGACCAUCUGAAAUGCAUUACAAUAAAGGGUACAAACAAGAAGGGGAAGAACUUGUUUUGACUGACUAGCCAAAUACCUAAUUGGGAUACAGCUUGUUACCUUUCAAACAAAUCAAAUGUUUGCAGUUGGUAAAAUUAUCUUUGUAUAUUUGUGUUUUUUUUAGGGGUCAUGCCCUCUUUACAGUUUUUAUUAUUACAUAUAUGCAAUAGGACCUCACCUCAGGAAAAAAAAAAAAUCUUGCAUACUCAGAUACCUUGCCAUAUUUGUUCUUAUUACUGACAGCUUUAUGGUGUUGUGGUCAGUGUAAUGGUACUCUUAAUUGAAAUAUUUUAGUCUUUCCUUUUUAUUCCUCAUUAGCCUAUACCUCAUACAUAUAAGCUUGCUAAGUGUGUGCUGUUUACAAACAGUUUACUAAUUAACUUUUUAUGUGUACCGGUAAGACAGUUUAUUACAAAUAUUUAUUUGAACAUGCAUAAAGUCUUGCUACUUUACGUCUAAAGACUAGGAUGUUUAAACACAUUUACAUGUAUUACUCUAAAACGUGUGUGACAUAUAUUUUAUUAAAAGUAUUCAUCUUUUUCAACACAA